UGAUGAUCGGGGCAGUCAGGGGGAGAGACGGAGAGUGGAGCGUUGACCGCUCUCGCUCAUUCCCGUCCAUGGCGUGGGCGUGUGCUGUUGCUCGGCUCCUCGACUCUGGUCCCCACUCGUCCUCCCCAUUUAGCUCAUCCUAGUCAUCUCUUUCUCUCCCUCCCAUCCUCAUCCUCUCGGCUCCCUCUUCCUCUCUCUCUCUCUCUUUGUCUACAAGAUGGACCCCACUCCUCGACAGAUAUUCCAGACAACUAACAACGUCUACGUCCUUCAGCAGCCCUGGCAGUUUGUCAAGGAGCUCGGACAGGGCGCCUACGGAUGUGUCUCCUCGGCGCGUCAUGCCCAGACCGGAGAGACCUGCGCCGUCAAGAAGGUCACCAACGUCUUCACAAAGAAGAUCCUUACCAAGCGCUGUCUCCGUGAGCUUCGACUUCUUCACCACUUCCGCGGCCACAAGAACAUCACCUGCCUCUAUGACAUGGACAUUGUCUUCGACCCGCCUGGAUCGGGCAUGUUCAACGAGGUGUACCUGUACGAGGAGCUCAUGGAGGCCGACCUGCACGCCAUUAUUCGCUCCGGCCAGCCGCUGUCUGACGCCCACUUCCAGAGCUUCAUCUACCAAACACUCUGUGGACUCAAGUACAUCCACACAGCUCACGUCUUGCACCGCGACCUCAAACCAGGAAACCUCCUCGUCAACGCCGACUGCGAGCUCAAGAUCUGUGACUUUGGCCUUGCCCGGGGCUUCCAGCGCGGCGUCGUGCAGACUGAGCAGGGACAAGCCGGGUUUAUGACCGAGUACGUCGCGACCCGCUGGUACCGCGCACCCGAAAUCAUGUUGAGCUUCGCCAACUACACCGAGAGCAUCGACAUGUGGUCCGUCGGCUGUAUCCUCGCCGAGCUGCUUGGCGGCAAGCCCAUUUUCAAGGGUGACGACUAUGUUGACCAGCUCAACCGUAUCCUCAACCUUCUCGGCACCCCGACUGAGGACACGCUCCGUCGCGUUGGCUCGCCCCGAGCCCAGGACUACAUUCGUUCGCUGCCCAUCAAGCCCCGCGUCAAGUUCAAGACGCUGUACCCGAAUGCGAGUCCCUCUGCGCUUGACCUCUUGGAAAAGCUCCUCGCGUUUGACCCUGCGAAGCGUAUCGGCUGCGCCGAGGCGCUCGAGCACCCCUACCUCGCCGUCUGGCAUGACCCCGUCGAUGAGCCCUCGUGCGAAGUUCCAUUCGACUUCUCCUUCGAGCGGGAAGACACGACAACCGGGAUGCGCGACCUGAUCGUCGACGAGGUGCGCUCGUUCCGCGCCCUGGUGCGCCAGCAUGCCAUGCCACAGCCCCAGACGUCGCAACACGAGCUGCCACCCGCGCCUCCCCCUCCACAGAGCACCGGUGCUGGCGUUGGCCCCGCGUUCUCUGAAACGGCCAACCCAACGCAGGACAAGGAUGAGCACCCUAAUUCGGCGCUUGAGCGUGAGCUGGCGGGCGGACACCACGUCUCGUAAUUAUGAAAGAAAAUGUGAUUAGUUGUGAUAGACUGCAAAUGAUAUAGACUCGUUGAUGCAGAUUGUAUGACUGUGCAGGUUGUGC